AUGAACACCAUCUCUGAGGUCUCUCAUGAGAAUGCCUCCGUGUUCUCCCACCAGAACAACAAGGCAUUUGCGUCAAAGUCUAAACCUAGGGUCAUCCCCGACUCAGCGUCGAUACAUUCAAACGUUCUUCAUCUCGCCCCUUCAAAGUCAAGAGCUUCGACCAUAAAACGCCAGAUCACCACAAAAACCGCCGAUGGAGCAUUCAGACUAAAUGGCUCAUCACCAAGUAACUAUACCGCCAGUCCCCAAGUGAAAAAAAAUCUAUCUGUCAAAUCAAAUGUAUCUAGACCCCGCUCUCCUGCGUUGACCAUUGAAAACGAUAAGGACGAUGCGUACUACAACGAUAUCAAUGACGAUAUUCUCAAGGCCAAUGCCAGAGCCGACGUCAAAUCCAUCAAAUCUUACACCCCUACUGAAGACCUUAGGUCCAUCAGAUCUUACAGAGCCGUCGAGUCGGACCCUCUUACAGGGAAACCCCUUUUCGUCUAUAAAGAAAAAUCACCAGAUCAUGCUGCUAAAAAACACCAAAAACAAGUGGCCAGAGAAAAGUUUCUUAAAGAUCUGUCCGACGAAAAAAGAAAAGAAUUUCUCAAUAAGAAAUUCUCUGACAAGCUCAACCGCCUUCAAAAGCAAAAUGUCGAGGACGAAGUCAAAAGUAUCAUCAGCGAAUUAUCAGACAAAGGGAAAUCUAUAGAAGAUAUCAUUGAUGACAUCCGCAAAACCAGCGGCGACCGUAACAAUUCAUUCAAGCAUUUGCGUGAUAACAACCUUAUUCCUCCCCCAGAUGAGCUUUCCGAUACCGAAUCAAAACACUCCAACUUUAUACCUGGUUAUUAUUCAUCUCCACAAAAUCAUUCAUCCCGAAAACACCAUCGUACCAAAUCAUCAGCUUCAAUGAAUUCCCAAGGGUUUAAUUUUACUCCACAGUUCCCAUUAAACGAUGCCUUCAACCCACAAUACGCUGCUGCUGCUGCUGCCGCGGCGGCAGCCGCCGCUGCCACCGGAAGCGCUCCUUCCACAGUCCCUGGAACCCCAAACCCAAACUUCGCUUCCGGUGCUUUCCAGGGAGGGAUGUUUCCUCCUCCUCCAGCUGGGUUUUCUCCUCAGCAACAGCAAAUAUGGUAUCAAAAUUUCAUCGCUUAUGCUCAAAUGGCUCAAGCCCAAUAUGCCGCCCAACUUCAAACACAAUUACAUGAGCAAGAACAAGCUCGUCAGCGUGAAUUUGAUGAGAAAGAAAAAGCAGUAAUGGCUGCUCUUGUCACCGCCAAAGUUCAACAACGUCUCCAAAACAAAUUUGAAAAAGAAUUGAAACUUUUGUCUGAUUUGCGAAAACAAGCAGAAGAGGAGAGAUUACAACGUUAUGGUAAUAACUAUUGGGGUUGGCCAUAUUUUAAAAACCAAGAGCCUAAAAAGGACGAUGCUAAGAAGGAAGCUCCAAAACCAAAAUCUAUUGCCCCAGCAGCGGAGAAAAAAGAAGAGAAGCCAAAGACUAAAGACCCAGUCAAAGUGUACGACUAUGCUGAUACUUCAUCAAUUCCAUUUGUUUUCCCAUUCGAAACUCUGCAAACUUGGGCCUCGUUUCUUGAUGCUCUUAAAGAAGCUUUUCCUCAAUAUCGUAUACAAAUUGCUAAUUCUAACCUUCGUCUUUAUAAUAAGACUUCCAAUGUCAAGAUUCUUCCAUCUCACUGGGAAAAAUCGGUUGAACCAGGCCUUUCAGUAUCCGUGGAGUUCCCUCAACCAAAAAAACAACAGCAGCAACAUAAGCAAAUUAGUUUCAUGUUACCUGAUGAUGCUCUGAUGCACUCUCGUAAAGGUGGAUUCCUUCGUUUUGGUGCAGCAGAUGGAGCUGGAGGUCAACGUGGUAUGAAGGCCCAUGAUCCACUCUACGGAACUUUUGACGAAGAUGAGGGUCAUGGUAAACCAAACAAUCGUAAUGUGGGUGGUCCUCGUCGUCCUGCCGGUGGUUUUUUCAGAUGGAUGACCGAGGCAGACCGUGCUGAUCGUCAUAAUACCAGGAGAUCUAUUAGUGGUGGCGGUGAAAUGAUGCCUGAUCCAUCAAUGAUGAGCCGCAGUAACAGUGCCCAUAAGACCACUGGUGGUGGUGACAAUAUUGAUAAAGAGGUUAGUGCUUUAAAUGAUCCAGAUUUGUGA